AUGGAGGAAAGGAACCAGAGGACGAUGCAGAUGCAUGGGCAGCAGAUGAAUAAUGCGUUCCAGCAGAAUGCCGUCCAGCAGACGCCCAUCCCUGUGCCCCAGUUCGGCAUACAGUCCGGCAUGCAGUCGGCACCGCCCAACGCGGCUGUGUUCCGUCACUACGCGGCGACGCCCACAAACAAUGCCGUCCCGCAGGGAGCUGCCGGAGGAUCGACGGCUACGGGAACGAAGCGGCGCGGCCGGCCCAAGAAGACUACAAUGGAUCAAAGCCUCGACGCCAGUCUUCACAUGGCGAGGUAG